AUGGAUGAAUAUUUAAGGAAGAAAUAUAUGAAAAAGGAAGCGAAAAAGGAUAAGAAAUGUAAAAAAAAUAAUAUAAAAAUAUAUGAUAGCGAAGAAAAUGAGAAAGAAGCUCAAAGUAAUAUAAUGAAUUUCAAUUCUGAUGGUGAGAAUUUUUUAGAGUCGGAGUCGGACCGAAGUUCUGAUAUCCCAAUAACAAUUACGGAACAGAAUAGUAUGGAAAUAGUGAAUAUAUCAAAAGAAAACAAAAAAAAAAUUUUGGAGAAUUUGAAUAGUGAAUUGUUAACAGAAAAGACGGUUAAAAAAAUAAAUAAAAACAAAUACGACACAAAUAUUAACAAAUUUAUUAGAGAAAAUAAUAAUAGACACAGUCAAAAGAAUCCAAAAUGUGGAAAAACAUACACUUCUUCGAGUAAAAACAGCAGCUGUAGUGAGAAAGCAUCGAGAGAUGAUAAUUCUUAUAAAAAUAACUCAUUACAACUUGAUGAAAAAGAAAAUGGUUGGUGUAUUCCUCCCCAUGUAGGAAAAUGUCGUUCACCACAUCAGACAGCAAGUCCUAGAAAAUCAUAUGAUUAUGAAAGUGAUUCAGAUUUGUCUUUGCCUCGAAAGUUAAGAAGUGGAAGUGAGAGUGAAUAUAGCUUGGAAGAGGCACGAAGCACAAAAACAAGAUGCGGGCAGAUGAAAAGAUACUCGUCGAGAAGGGAACCAGAUGGAAAGGUGUCAAAAUUUAUAAGAAAAUCUGAACAUGAUCAUAAUAAUGAUGAGGAUGUUUAUAAUGAGGAAGAAAUUGGAUAUAUCAGAUCGCCUAGGAUGAUAGAGAAAAAAAAUGAGUUAUUUGUAACUACAUCAAGAGAUAAAAAAGAGAAAGAAGUAGGAUCUACCAUAUAUAGAGACAAGGGAGGGAAAAUAAUCUCCAGGGAAGAAUGGAUCAGUAAACAAAAAAUGGAUAUGCAUGACAAGUAUGGAAGAGGUAAGAAAAAGGAAAAGGAAAAUCACGAUAAGGGGGGAGAAAAAAGAAAAAAAAAAGAAAAAGGUGUAAGUGAAAAGGAUUCGAAGAAACUUGAAUGGGAAAGUGGUCUGAUUCAAAAAGAAAUUCAAAAAAAAAUUAUGCAAGAAAAUGAUAAGUUGAUAAAUAAAAGAAACAUAGUAAAUUAUGAUUAUGAUUCAGAUUAUGAUUUAGAGUUAAAGAAUAUGCAAAGAAAAGAGGAUCCUAUGAAUAUCUAUUUGGGCCAAAAGGAACAAGCAUCCAAAGCAACAUGCAGAUAUCAGUCCCCAUACAACAGGUUCAACAUUUUGGCUGGUUAUAGAUGGGAUGGUGUUGUACGAGGAAAUGGAUUUGAGAAGAGACGUUAUGAAGCUCUUAAGUUAAAGCAACAUAGAGACAAAAUGGGAUAUCUGAACAAUCUGUCCGAAUUGUAG